GAGAUCCACACUGCUCACAUAGAUGGUGCCAGACCAGAGCUCUUAAAGAAGUUUACUAACAUCUUCCAAAGUAUGACCAAGGUGGAUAUUGUAACCAAGGCUGAGGAGCAUGCAGAGCAGCUCAAAAGAGCUGCAACAGAAUUUCAACAAGAGCUUCAUAAUGCUACCAACAGCACUGGGCUGCUCAGUGUGCAGGGUAUAGGAGCUUAUAAUUGCCUCAUAAAUGCCAUAGAGAAAGCAGAGAUGGCGGCAAAUCAGUCCAGAGAGGAUGCUGACCAAGCCAUAAAGGAUGUAAAGAAGGGAGGUCUGGUUAACAAGGCUGAAGGACUCCGAGAUAAUUCAACUCAAUUACAAACAGAGGCCAGCAACACUCAGAGUGACCUUAAAAUGCUCUCACAUACAGUGAAAACCCACAAAGACCGUGUGAAGAAGCAAAAGGAAAAAAGAGGAGCUCUGAGAACAGGCAUCUCAACCAUCAGAGAUGACCUAAAAACAAUCAAAAGAGAUGAAGAAGUUCUCAUUGACUCUGCAAAAACAGCUGCCUCUGCGUCUAGCUCCACAGUCAGAAACAUAACAGAGAGACUGAAGAAUAUCCGCCAGGAAGUGAAAGGAAUAAUUUUACCCAUUGUCAAUGAGAAUAUGGACAUGAUGAUUAAGGUAGAAGAGGCAUUGAGGAACUUGAACUCAGCUCUCCCUGUGAUGACAGACAACCUCACACAAGUUGAGGCUCUCAGCAGGCAGACGCUUCCCAGUGCCAACAUGACAGAAAGCAUCGAGAGAAUCAAGGAACUGAUAGAGGAGACAAGAAACUUUGUUAACAGGCUCUCCACUGCCACCACUUUCAAUGGGAAAGGUCACAUUGAGCUUCGUCCUCCGAGAAACCUCGAAGACAUAAAAGCAUUUACAGCUGUCGACCUGCUUCUCAAUCUCCAUCAAAACAAUACGUUCAAGACUGACCACAGGAGAAAGCGACGGCAGGACAAAGACAAAAAUGCCCACUUCUUCAUUUUCUAUUUGGGCAACAAGGACGCUUCAGGAGACUACAUUGGGAUGGCUAUCAGGAGAAAUGUGUUGAUUUGUGUCUACAAAUUGGGUGGAGUUGUCCAUGAGGUGGUAACCAGCCACAUAACAACAACCACCAAAGUGACCUCCUCAGACUUUGACAGGGUUGUCUUUCACAGAGUUUACCAAGAUGCUCAAGUUAACAUCACACAGAGCUUCACAUCACAGACGCCGGGCAACCUCUUUCUUUAUCAUAACCUUUCAAACACGAUGACUGGCGUCCUCGACCUGGAUCCAGACAGUGUUGUUGUCUACGUGGGCGGCUAUCCUGAAAACUUUACACCUCCAGUGGAGCUGCGUUACCCCAGAUACAGAGGAGCGAUGAAACUCUCCUUCAUCAAUGACAGUCCUGUUUGCCUGUUCAACUACAAACAUGCAGUCAAUAUGGAUGCAAAGCAGCCUUAUAUUAAGAUUCCCCAGUCAGAUGCAUGUAAUUACUAUGAUGGAACAGGUUACCUCAUGGCCUUCGUAAGAGAGCCAGACAAGAAACAGAAAAGACAGUUCAGAUUUUACACAACCACCAGAGAGGCAGACGCCUUGUUAUUCUACAUGGGAAAUGAAGAGUCUUUAUUCUAUGUGUUUCUGGAGAGAGGCUUCUUGGUGCUUCAGGAUCAGCAAGCAGGUCAAGAGCUCAGAGUUCAGAGUUCUGAGAAAAUGUCUCUCAAUGACACACUCUUCAUAGUCAGAACUGGAAGGCCAAAAUACUAAUAUUACUGUGUGCUAUGAACAAAAUAAAAUCAUCAUAGAUCAAA